CAAACACUUGGCACUGACAGACAAUAUUGCAGAUCACGAGAAAAUGUACUUCAAAAAGCCGUCCGAGAUCUGCCGCAAAUACCUGGAGCACAUCGCGCAGGUGACAAGGUUCCAGAGGAAGCAGACUGAGCUACUCCUUUCCUUCUACAAGCACAAGAUUUCUAAAAUGGAGGCUGCCCUGCAGGAGGCGCAGUGCAAAAUAAGAUUGCAAGAGAAGGAGACGGCAGCGCUGAAGGGUCAAGUGGACAACAUGAAAAAGCUGCUCACCAUGGCGAAGAUACCUACUCAUGACCUCCAGCUUCGAAGGUCCAAUAACACUCGUCCAAUUGCCAUCACUUCUCCCUCAAGCAGAGUCACACCGAAGCAGACGCCUCAGAGUAUUGGGUCAUACAGCGGCAACAGUGCCUCCAGCAGCAGGCUGGAGUCAGUGGGACAGAUGUCUGGGAACAGUGUAUCCAGGUCGGGUGGUCUGCUGACACCCAGAGGAAGCUCCAUCGCCUCCGGGAGGAGCACGCCGAGAGACGCGACCAUGGGCUCACCUUCUGCAGAGUCAGGAGACAGCUUGUCCCACAGAUUGGCAUCAAGAACCCCGACUCUGCUAACUGUCCCAGUGAGUGGAGGGCAGGACUCCUCGGAGGGAUACAGCCUCAGGGAUGGCGGCCUUCCCCCCUCUCACAGCACGAGGCAUGUCCCGUUGGCGGCUUACGUCAAUCCUCUGACUCUCGCUGGACUGAGUGACAGCCAUCGCGCUCCCUCGGUGAACAGCGAACCUCGACGUCCGAUUCAGUUGAUCACCACACCGCGGAACACCACCUUCCGACAGCCUUCCAUCCCACUCUCUAGAAACGCCGUGGUGUAGGUGCGGUGGAGCAAGCAGGGAGGCACGGGGCGGCAGAGGGACGCAGCCACAAGGAGGAGGCUGCCCAGCAUCGGCUGGCGUGACGGGC